AUGGACGUCCUGGUCAACUCGAUCGACGUCCGAGAUCUUCUCUCCUCACCGGACCUCCUCGAUUCGCCGUCGUCCCCUCUGUCGGCGCCGGAUCUCCGGCUCCUCAUAACCCGGCUCGAAUCCCACACACUCAAAAUCAAAUCCAAAGUCCAAUCGUACCUCCUCUCCCACCAAGACGAUUUCUCAUUCCUCUUCUCGCAAUGCUCCGACGUCGUUUCCAGGUCCGAAGAGCUCUCAGGUCAAGUAUCCGAAUUGCUAAAUCUGAUUUCGGAGAACCCGAUCGAAGCCGACCUCAGUGGGAUUAUUAGAGAGACCAUGGAGAAGAAGAAGCAGGUGAGGGAGAAGAAGGAAUUGUUGGAAUUACUUGAGGUAGUAUUGCAAUUGAAUGACAAGUUGAGGGUUGUUAAGGAGGAUAUAAGAAUUGGGAGAGUUGUAGAAGCUGCUGAGGGAUUGAAGGAAUUGAAGACGGCAAUGAGAAUUCGAAAUGGUGAAUUGGCGUACGAGGUGGUGGAAGGUGAGCCGGUGGUUUAUGGACUCUUGAGGAACGAGUGGGCUCAGUGUUUUGAAGAGAUUCAAGUGCUGCUUCUGAAGUUUAUGGAGAAAGCUGUGCAGUUCGAGCAGGAAACUAACGUAGUUCGCGUGAAAUAUCAGUUGACUGUGAAUGACAUCAAAGGGGUUGAGCUUCACACAGUUUUGAAAGCAAUGGAUGUGGUUGGUAUUCUGGAUUAUGGGCUUGCAAAAGUAGCAGAUUUAUUUACAAAAUAUGUUACCACUCCAGUCAUAAAAUAUAGGUCUACUCCUGCAUUUAUGGAAAAAAUAGAUCAAGAAUCUGGGCAUCUCUUGGAGGCAGUUCUUGAGAUGAUUCCAGCUGACAACGAGAGAAACGGCACGGAUGGGGAAAUUAUGUACGAUACUAUUGUUCAGAUCAUUAAGUUUAUCUAUGACUCUUUGUGCUUCAAGAAUGGUCCUUGGAUGCGCUGUUUUGGAAGAUUAACAUGGCCAAGAAUGUCCGAGUUGAUCAUUUCAGACUUCCUUUCCAAGUUAAUCCCUGAAGAUGCUUCGAAGCUUGCUGAGUUUCAUAAAAUCAGAAAGGUUACAUCUGAAUUUGAGACAAAUUUAAAGGAACUUAUGCUCAUAGCUUCCUCUGAUAUCAAAGAUGAGAGACUUAGCAAAUUUGCUGACAAUGUUGAGGUCCACUUCGCAUCAAGGAAGAAAGUGGAGAUUUUGGCUAAGGCUAGAAAUCUGCUUCUACAAUCUAAUUUCAUCCUUUCUCAAGAGUAUUUAAGAACUAUGGGAAUGAACAAGGAAGGAAUUGCUGAAGAUUUCCCUAAUUGUAUUGACUUGCUGUUUUCAUCUGAGAAAUUCAUGGUGUCUGAAGCUGCUAUAAAAUUAAUGGAGUUAGUGCAUCAAACCCUCAAGGAUGUCUGCUUGUUACCUCCGACAGUGGGGUUGGAAUUCUAUCAUGCUGCUAGAAAUGCUCUAGUUCUUUAUGAAGCUGUUAUACCUGUGAAGCUUGAGAGGCAACUUGAUUCCAUUAACCAGGCCGCUGUGCUCAUUCACAAUGACUGUCUCUACCUUUCUGAGGAGAUUCUUGGGCUUGCAUUUGAGUUUCGCCCAUACUUUCCCAGUUUUGUUAAGGACCUUGCUGUAUUUAUUGAUCUGGCUCCAAGAUUUCAGUUGAUGGCUGAAGAAGUAUUGCAGAGACAAAUUCAGCUUGUCAUAUAUAACUUGAAAGAGGCUAUUGAUGGGGCUGAUGGAUUUCAAAAUACCCACCAGAUAAAACAGUUCGAGUCUGCCAAGUUUAGUAUUGAACAGGUUGCUUUCAUAAUCGAGAAAGUACGCAUCAUCUGGGAGCCUCUGUUAUUAUCAUAUAUUUAUGAGAAGAGUAUGAGCAUGGUUCUGGAGGCUGUCUUUUCAAGAAUUGCAAAAGACAUACUUCUGUUAGAUGAUAUGGCAGCAGCAGAAACAUUGCAGCUUCAAACACUGAUCCAUUUGCUGUUUGAGCAUCUGUCAUCUUUAGUAGAGUCCCUGUUCAUUGUUGGUGGGAGAGGGAAGCCACAGGAGGCCCAGAGAGACACUCUUGCUAAUUUUAUACCAUCCCUGCGGAAGUUGCGCAAACUGGCAGAACUUUUGGACAUGCCUUUGAAGUCCAUCACUACUGCCUGGGAAAGCGGUGAACUUGUCGAAUGCAAUUUUACACUGUCAGAGGUGGAAGACUUCAUCAGAGCCAUAUUUACAGAUUCUCCUUUGAGAAAAGAAUGCCUACAAAGAAUAAAUAAUUCAAAUUAA